AUGGAGGCUAUGAAAGUAUGGAGUCUAACGGCGACGCCGUUGAGGCAGUUACUCCGUCUAUCUUCUUCCUCUACGCGUCUCACCACCGCCAUAUACGGGAGAAGAUCCUACCACUCAUCACCGGCGCUCCGGUGUGCCUCCGCCGCUUCUUCUUCUUCCUCCAAUGCCGCGACAGCUGAAACUUCCAAACCAUCAGGACGAAACAGACGGUCAGCGUCGUCUUCCAAUUCCACCUCCGAUCGUGAAGCUAUCCGCUCCAUUCGUCUUAAAAAGGUUGAAGAGCUGAGAGGUCAAGGUCUUGAACCUUAUGCUUACAAGUGGGAGAAAACCCACAGUGCUAAUCAGCUCCAAGAGAUAUAUAAGCAUCUAGCGAAUGGCGAAGAGUCAAACAAUGAGAGUGAUACUGUUUCUAUCGCCGGGAGAGUCGUUGCUCGCAGAGCGUUCGGUAAACUUGCAUUCUUGACUCUGAGGGAUGACUCUGGAACUAUUCAGCUCUACUGUGAGAAGGAAAGACUUUCAGAUGACCACUUUGAACAGUUGAAGGCAUUCAUUGAUAUUGGUGAUAUUUUGGGUGCUAGUGGCUCAAUAAAGAGGACUGAGAAAGGGGAGCUUUCUAUAUGUGUGAACUCUUUUUCAAUUCUCACAAAAUCACUCCUUCCGCUGCCAGACAAAUAUCAUGGUCUAACUGACAUUGAUAAACGUUACCGCCAACGGUAUGUUGAUAUGAUUGCUAAUCCUGAAGUGGCUGAUGUCUUCCGGAAAAGGGCAAAAAUCGUUUCAGAGAUACGCAAAACAGUUGAGUCUUCUGGAUAUUUGGAGGUUGAAACUCCAGUUCUUCAGGGAGCAGCUGGUGGAGCCGAAGCGAGACCUUUUGUAACGUAUCAUAACUCACUUGGGAGGGAUCUCUACCUGAGGAUUGCUACUGAGCUUCACCUAAAAAGAAUGCUGGUUUUUGAAGUUGUUGUAGAACCAAAGCUUGUGCAGCCCACAUUUGUCUUGGACUACCCAAUUGAAAUAUCUCCCUUGGCCAAGCCACAUCGCGGCAAUGCAGGUUUGACUGAAAGAUUCGAGCUGUUCAUCUGUGGCCGUGAAAUGGCAAACGCAUUCUCUGAAUUGACUGAUCCCGUGGACCAGAGGACGCGGUUGGAAGAGCAAGUAAGGCAGCACAACGCAAAGAGAGCAGCGGUUGCAACAGAAAGUGGUGAACCAAACGCAAAGAAAGAAGAUGAUGAUGAUGAUGAUUCAUAUGAGGUGACCCUUGACGAAGACUUUCUCACUGCCCUCGAAUACGGAAUGCCUCCUGCUUCGGGAAUGGGGCUUGGAAUUGACAGGCUGGUGAUGCUGUUGACCAACUCUGCGAGUAUAAGAGACGUCAUUGCGUUUCCUGUUCUGAAGGUUCAGCAGUAA